AUGAGUACCACAUCACUAGCAUCUAACAGCGCGUUUAUGGCCCGGUAUAUGGCACUGGAACAGCCCCGGGAUAAAAUCAUGGUCACAUACGUCUACAUACACCCUGGCAACGACAACCUGGCUCAUUUCAGUGGCAAAACUAAAGUCAUAGACUUUGUGCCCAAACAAGCAUCGGAAGUGCCGUUAUUUGACUUCGCAUUGGUUACGGGGGACAGUCUGGUCGAGGUGUUCAUACGACCUGUACAGCUAUACGCCGACCCCUUCCGGGGCGGUGACAAUAAGCUAGUCUUAUGUGACUUAUUGUCGGCCGACAUGACACCACUGGCCUGUAAUCACCGGUACAGCUGUAAUGAGGCCAUGGAUGCGGCCCGGGAUCAACAUCCAUGGUUUGGUGUGGAGCAGGAGUUCUAUCUCAUGAACGCCGAUACUAACUGGCCGUUGGGUUGGCCUACAAAUGGUUACCCGGAGCCCCUGACGGCUCCCCAUGCGUUCUACUACGGGGCCGUCGGUGCGGGUAAACAGUUUGGGAGGGAUGUGAUGGAGGCUCACCUCAGGGCCUGUCUGUACGCAGGGGUUAAUAUAUGGGGCGAAACAUCGGAGGGACAGCCGUCUCAGUGGGAAUAUCAAGUGGGUCCCUGUGAAGACAUACGUCUGGGGGACGACCUAACGAUGUCUCGCUAUAUACUGCUUCGUGUGGCCGAAGACCUACAUAUAGACGUGUCGUUUGAUCCCAAACCGGUGGCCGGUUGGAUGGGUAACGGCGCGCACACCAAUUUCAGUACUGAAGCUAUGAGAGCCCCGGGAGGUCUGCCCGAGAUUAAGAAAGCGAUUGAAAAGUUGAGCAAAAAUCAUGCGAAACAUAUGCGAGUGUAUGACCCGCUCGGGGGUCGGGAUAAUAGCCGGCGAUUGACGGGACAGUACUAUUCGUCCAAAAUGGAUAAGUUCACGUCGGGUGAGGCCGAUAAGGGGGUCAGCGUUAGGAUACCGAUGCACGUGAUUAAAGCGGGGAAAGGCUAUUUCGAGGACAGACGUCCCGCUGCUAAUUGUGACCCAUAUUUAGUGACUGAGGCUAUGGUCCGCACGUGUUGUUUGAAUGAGUAG